CUUUUAUCAUCGUUGGUUGUACCGUGUCUCAAAAACCGAAAAACAAUAACAAAAAAAUAGAAUAGUAAAAACUCCAAACGCGCGGGAGUAUCUAUCCUUUCAUCAUCCAGGAUUCUCUGAUUAUAUUUUAAGAAAGUACAUAGAGCAAACUGUGUGGUGCUCGUGUAGUCUACAACAGGAGGUGUUACGAAGGACAUUUCAUUGAAGUAAUUUCGUGUGUCUCUGUUAUCUAUAUGAUGGGAAGCUCAAAAAAGAUAACCGAAUAUAGUGUAGUAUAAUAAAAAAAAAUAAAAUAAUCAUAAUAAGGACGAAAAAUAAAAUUCAUCCUUCCUACGCAAUUUUUUGUAAUGUUUUUUAUGUAUUUUUAAAAAAAAAUACCGAUAUUCGUUCUUUUUUUUGUCGACUUAUUUGUUGUGGUGUAUAUUUGCUGAUUUUGCGACUUUUCUCUGUUUGCAUAGCCAUCACAUAUAAACAUAGAAACGUACAUAAGAAAAAUAAUCAAAUUUUCCGUUUGUGAUAAUUGAAAAAUGUGCGUUGUAUCCUUGAACGAAUAAUAAAAGACAUUUAUUUAUGUUUUAUUUUCCUUUUUUUUUCUUUAUGUGAUGUGCUUUUAUUUUUGUUGAAUGAAAAAAAAUACUUUGUUGUCUGCCAGCUUCACCGUCACUUUCACCGCGCCGCCUGAGAGAAAAGACGACGAGAAAUCCAAUAUAUAAUUCAGUGCGAGUCUUAUUUUUGGAAUAAUCUCUACAAAAAAAAAAGUAUCAUCGUCAUCACAGUGUCAUCAAAAAAGGACUGAAAAGGAUUAUGAUUUAAGAAGAAAUCAAUUACCAAUGCAAAUCAGCAAUGAAAUUGCUGAUGACAUGGCCAUGGAGGUGCCGUCGCUCUACAGCUGGAAAAUGUUUUCUCAUAUAUCUAGCUUGGAUUUUCAAAUUACUUGUUUUUAUUAUACGAGUUGAGAAUGUUGUAGCUCUGAAGGAUAUUGUUCGUAUUGCAGAUGGUAGUUCAGUGGGCAGGGAUGCCAUUGAACAAUCACUGGUGACAAUACAUGAUAUUUCAACAGAAAAUCUAGGGACACUUUGCAUAUCAACACUAUUCCGACCAUUGCAAGUGCCCUUGAACUCAGAGCGAUAUGAGAGCUCAAGACAGAAAGCUGAUUUAGCAGCUUCAAUUCUUCAAGAAGUGGGAAUCAUACGACAUGGAGGUCUGUCAGAUGCAUUAGCGAAAGGUUUACUCACUGAUGAGUAUAUAACUGGAGCUAGAAUUAUCGCCUUAAAUAUGACCAAUGGAGCUGUGCAGUCAUACGUGUGGUGGACGAAGAACGUAGACAAUAAUGCUGGAGAAUAUAUUCGUUAUGAAGAAGAUGGACUGCAAAUUGGAAAGAAACCAGUUUCAAGUUACCCAUGGUACGAUGAUGAAACAUCAACAAUAUCCUUACAUUCACCAAAAUUCGCUAAAAGCCCACCAAACAUUUACUACAAAGGCUGGUGGACAUUCCCCUAUUUGUCAUGCAAUCUAGGCAAAUGGAUAUUGUCCUACAGCAUAGCUAUACCACCACCACCAAUUGGUCGUCAUGGACUAAGAGGUUUUAUAAGCAUUGACAUUGAUGUGACAAGCCUGCGGGUCAAUCAAUGCGAAUCACCUAAAUAUCGAUUCAACUACCAGCAGAUACAAUCGCGACGUUUCCAUUUAGUCGAUACCCAAAUGACUGAGUCCAUAAGUGAUAUUCAAGCAUUUCACGGAUCCCAUAAAUGCCAUCCCGAUACAAUGGAGUGCCAAUAUCGCAUUCCAGUGGAAUCGCCGACAAUAACAAAUAAAAUCAUAGCCACCCCAAAUGGUUGGACGCGUGGCUCUUACCAGUGUCUGUGCAGACGUGGCUUCUAUUCGGUGCGGCACCCAGACGGCUUUAAUGGCACUGUCAUGGAAAUCGCCUGGCAAGAGCAACGUGACAAUAUGAGCAAUUAUUAUACGGAUGUCUUCGUAUGCUAUAAAUGUGCACCCGGAUGUGGGGAUUGCCACGGGCCCGAACCCUGUUUAGCCAGCUAUAAUUGGCCAUUUAGGAUAUCAUUGUUGACCGUUUCGGUUGGUUGUGCUCUAUCGACUAUUGUCCUGGCCGGAUAUUUGUUCCAUCAUCGGAAAGUGAAGGUUUUCAAAGUUGCCAGUCCCAUAUUCCUGCUGAUAACAUUGAUUGGAUGUGCCAUUAUGUAUAUGGAGAUGGCAGCAAUAUUUCCCAUUCUAGAUACUUAUUGGUGUGUUGCUACAAAAUGGACACGUCAUAUGGGUUUCUGUAUAACAUACACUUCAUUAUUAAUGAAAACAUGGAGAGUGUCCUUGACAUAUCGAGUUAAAUCAGCUCACAAAGUCAAAUUAACCGAUCAACAGCUCCUCCAGUGGAUGGUUCCGAUACUUUUGGUGAUGUUGAUUUAUUUGGGAACUUGGACUAUUUCUGCGACUCCAUUUGCUGAAGUUAUUCACGAUCAGGACAAAUUAAAAUUCAAACAAUGUUCGUACAAUUGGUGGGACCACAGCUUGGCAAUUGGUGAAGUUUUGUUUUUAGCUUGGGGCAUUCGAGUUUGUUAUAAUGUACGGAAUGCUGAAUCUUUAUACAAUGAAGCCCGUUUAAUAUCGUAUGCUAUUUACAACAUAGCUAUUGUCAAUAUAACAAUGAUAGCUUUUCACCUCUUCAUAUUUCCCCAAGCUGGUCCAGACAUAAAGUACCUUCUGGGAUUCAUUCGUACACAAUUGUCCACAACUGUCACUGUUGUCUUGGUUUUCGGACCGAAAAUAUCUCGUGUUUUUAAAGGACAAGGAGACCAAUGGGACAAUAAGGCACGAGUUCGUAGUAUAACAGCAUCAUUUUCACUCAAUGGUGUUGGUUUAGUGCCUGAGGAAUCACCCGACUUAUAUCAGGAGAACGAGGAGCUUAAGGAACAAAUCCAAAAGCUUGCCCACCAAAUAGAAUUUAUGAAGACUGUCCACAUGCAAAUGAAUAACCGUCACUUGAAACCAAAGCCCGGUGGCUAUUUUACAAUCACGUCAACAUCAUUUCAAGCACCAUUUACAAAAACACCAGUUCUGACAGCUCAGACACAAACGUCAAAAAGUUCAUCAAGCCACCACCAACAUCAGCAUCAACAACAGCGCCACCAGCAACAUCAUCAGUCUCCAGUCCAGCCACCAAUUAGUAGCUGCAUAAGUGAUGAUGGCAUUAGUGGCACAAAUAGCAGUAUAGGCGCCAAUUCAAUUGGAUUUGCUGCCGCCCCAAGUAUACAAACGCCACAAAUACACAGUGUCAAGGAGAAAGUUUGACGAGACGACCGAAGUGGAAAAGAUUGCUCAAUUGAAUUUAACCUAGGAAUGCAGUAUUCAAUGUCAACAAUACAUAAUAUCACAGAAAUGGCAUCAACAGCGUCUACAAUAUCAUCGUCGGAUGUGUACGCCUCGACGCGCACCCCAUCACCACCAACUAUUAGUGAUGCCGCCAUAACAUUUACCGAAAAUUACAACAAUCUGACAUCACUAUCAUUAUCAUCAACCAUA